CUAAAGGGGUAGCUAUGGAGAUGGAGCGUUUUCCUGGCUGCUUUCUUUGACAGGUGUUGAGUGGGGCAAAAGUCUUAAAACAGAAUCCAGCAUGUACGCCAAAGGUAAAGGAGCUGUCGUCCCUUCCGAUAGCCAAGCGAGAGAAAAGUUAGCUUUAUAUGUGUAUGAGUAUUUGCUGCAUGUCGGCGCACAGAAAUCAGCACAGACCUUCCUCUCAGAGAUCCGAUGGGAGAAGAACAUCACACUUGGGGAACCUCCAGGAUUUUUACACUCAUGGUGGUGUGUAUUCUGGGAUCUGUACUGCGCUGCCCCAGACCGGAGGGAGACAUGUGAACAUUCCAGCGAGGCCAAGGCUUUCCAUGACUAUAGUGCGGCCGCUGCUCCCAGUCCAGUGAUGGGCAACAUGCCACCCAAUGAUGGCAUGCCAGGAGGACCGAUGCCCCCGGGCUUCUUUCAAGGUCCUCCAGGUUCCCAGCCUUCCCCUCACACGCAGCCUCCCCCACACAACCCCAGUAAUCCCAUGAUGGGACCUCACGGACAGCCAUUCAUGUCUCCACGGUACCCAGGUGGCCCAAGGCCCGCCCUCCGUAUGCCAAAUCAGCCUCCUGGGAGCAUCCCUGGGUCACAGCCUCUCCUACCAAACAGCCUGGACCCCACCAGACCUCAAGGACAUCCAAAUAUGGGCGGUCCAAUGAGAAUGAAUCCCCCUCGAGGCAUGGGAGGCAUGGGCCCACAGAACUACGGCGGAGGGAUGAGGCCUCCUCCAAACUCCAUGGGGCCAGGGAUGCCGGGCAUGAACAUGGGCCCUGGUGGAAGAGGUCCAUGGCCGAACCCCAACACCAACUCAAUAGCUUAUUCAUCUUCAUCUCCAGGCAACUAUGUGGGCCCUCCAGGGGGAGGCGGCCCACCAGGAACUCCCAUCAUGCCUAGCCCCGGAGAUUCGACAAACUCAAGUGAAAACAUCUACACAAUGAUGAACCCUAUCGGCCCUGGUGGAAACAGACCUAAUUUCCCAAUGGGACCGGGUCCUGAUGGGCCCAUGGGUGGAAUGGGUGCUAUGGAGCAGCAUCAUAUGAACGGAUCACUAGGCUCUGGUGACAUGGAUGGGUUGCCAAAGAAUUCUCCCAACAACAUGGCAGGCAUGAACAAUCCUCCCGGCACUCCGCGGGACGACGGCGAGAUGGCAGGCAACUUUUUAAACCCAUUCCAAAGUGAAAGUUAUUCACCCAACAUGACGAUGAGUGUGUGAUUUUUUUUAUUUUUAUUUUAUCUUUUAUUUUAUUUUAUUUCUUUUUCAUCUCCCCUUAUUCCAAUCUCCCUCCCCCAUCCACCCUGGUGCGUCUUGCAUUACCCUCCCUUCCUUCCUCCCUCCUCCUCCUCCUCCUCCUCCUCCUCGUGGACGGUGUGCUGUGCCACACAGCCCCUGGGGAUGCACCUGGAAAGCAGGACUCCCCUCAAGGCCCCCCAUCCCAAUGCCUGUAAAAUGGGUUUAAGAACAUGAAAAGGCCUCCAAGCAACAGGAAAAAGGUCUCUUCUCCACUUCUUCUUCACCUGCCGGGCCUCGACAUGGGCCCUAGGACAGUAAGAGCCCAAACUGCUCCAAGCUUGUCUCUCCAAAACCCAAAACCUGCCCUCGUGGGUGCCACUCCAGCCCAAACAAGGUGCACUGCUGCAUCUACCACCACUCCAUUAUAUCACGCUGAUCAUAACUUAUGAGGGCACGCAGCUGUUGACUUACAGGGCCCGAAAACCCUCAUUCAAAAACUCCUGUGUCGGGAAUGAUUUAAGAAAAAAAAAAAGAAAAAGAAAAAAAAGAUGAACUGAUAAUGUUAUUUUAGGGCAAGAAUGGUUUUCAUUAAAUGUUUGUAUUUCUUUUGUUGUUGAUGGUAAUAUUAUUGUUAUAAUUUUCAUAAUUGAUAUUAUUCUACUAAUGUAGUUAUGAUUUCCUGUAAAGGGCACAUUUUAUCUCAGCAGCAGCAUCAACAAUGACAAAAUAAGCACACACUCGAAAAAUGCACAAUGAUUUUCUGUUUACAUGAUUUUAGGUUAUUUGAUGUUUUGUCUUGUUUUUUGUCACAGGCGGUCUCACUUCACAUACCUCUCCUCAAAACUUCUUCUGAACUUGUAGCUUGAGUCUUUGCCAUUUAAAUGUUUGUAGCAGCAUUUGCAUAAACAUCAAAGUAAGACUGAUUGUCUUCAUCUAAUGAAGUAGUUUGUGACGAGAUGUUAGUAUCUCAGCUAAAACUAUCUAUACAGUUAAAACAGAGGCUUUUUCAGAACACUGCUGUUUUCUGGUACUAAUGCUGCAUUUCCACUUCAUGGUACAGCGCGGUUCGACUUGACUCGACUCACUUGAAACCUUGUUUUUGUAGUUUUUCCAUUGCAAAAGUUGCAGAAACUCCAGUACCUGGAGUUUUUUUUUCUAGUACCGCCUUGAGGUCAAGCUGAGCCAAUACUAGAAGGUUGAGUUAAAACACUGCAGACCACUGAUUGGUCAGAUAGAAACGUCAUUUGUUAAAUAGCCAAGUUACCAUCAAUAGAGAUUGCAUUUUUAAAAAAAGGAUUCAACCCAGGUUGAAAAGAAAAAUAGCCCGCAAAACCAGGCCAUGGUCACCUGUUUGGUUGCUGAUAGGAAUCCAUAGGAACAUUUCUAUUAUGAAUUAUUCUAAUUAUGAAAUUAUAGCCAAUGAUGAAAGUAAAAUUGCUUUCAUUGACUCAACAAGAGCAGCAUCUGAUGAUUAUGUCACGGUAGUUUCAUGCGGCAUUGCUAUGACAAUCAGCUAAAAGUCCCAUCUACAUUGACAGGGUGCUAUUUGCAAAAUUUGAAAAUUAAAAUCUAGAAAUGCACCAAGUGUGUCCGGUAGAGUCGAUCUGAGCUGAACCAUGCAGGGGAAAUGAGGCAAAAGUGUCUGCUGAUGCACCUGGAUAAUCUAGCUUGUCUUAAUAAGAACCCCUUCUGAAAAAGUUUUCUAAGUUUUUACUGCAUGAAAAUGGCUCUGAGGUGUCGGUUCUCAUUCAGUAAUAGACAGAGCAGCGAGAGAGAGCAUCUCUUCUAUGGAUUUUGUCUGUAAAUACAACAUAUUUAGCUUGUAUUGUGGUUGUUUUUAUUAUUUGUUAUUUACAAGUUGUCUGUGAAUCCUAAAACGUGGUUCCUUCCCCUCCAUCACUUUGUUUGACUUCAACCUCACUGUGGACUCCAAGUGGCACUGUUUUCCUCCCAGGAUUCAUUCUGGUCUCUUGCCAGUGUCUCACUUUUGGACUGGGAGAUAUUGUGGGACCUCAGAUACACUCGUGAGGCCUGCUUUCUUGCUUGGAGAUUGGAGUGAACUCACAGAUCCUGAAAGAUCCACAAUCCUAACCCAGACAAGACAGGCUAAAUAACUUUGUCCUCGGAGCUCCCAUCGACCAGUUCCCUCAGCAAGUCCUGUAUGUACGGGAUAAUGGAUCCGGACUGUAGCAGUGCUGAUGAUGGGAGCAGAGUGAUGCACCUUGGGGUUAACAGACCAUGCAUCCACAUCGGUCUAAAGAAGAGGAACAAUAAUGGGACACUUUGUAGUGGAUAUAUUUCCAUUUUGUGCAUUGUUUUCAGCAGAUUGUUUUUAUUUUAAAUGUAUUCAACUGAGAAAAUGAAAGCCCAUAGAAUCUGCACACAAAGAAAUGCAUAGUUACAUAUUACGCUAUUUAAUUUGUUUCUUUCUGUAUGUUAUGUACUCUUGGCCUGAUCAACUCUCUGUCACUGUUUCAAAGGGAUACAUUAUCUCUCACGGCAUCACGCUGCAGCACUGGCUGCCUUCCACAAUAACUAAACAACCAUUGUAGCCUCAAUGGGUGAUGACGAUGUACUUAUCAAUUUUCUGAUAUCAAUGUGAACAGAUUGUACCCAGAGUUCAACAGGGACAUCUCCAGGAUUUGGCUAUCGGUGGCCUGGGAAACACUCUCCAAAGUGUUCCUUCAAUGUAGUGACACACACCUCCCUUCUGUCCUCCAACCCCAUCCCUCACCCCCCAAAAAACUUCUCCCCUCCUUUCUCUUUAAUUUCCUUUUUUGUAAAUACUGUAUAAUGCAUUUUGAUAUCAUUGACAUGUUUUGAUAUGUCAGUCACUACCAAUGAAUACAGCUGAAAGUAAAUUAUAAAUAAAACUGUCCAUGUUUUUCAUAGAGAAAGGAUGCGCUGACUAUUUGGCUCAUGUGGCUAAAUUUCCAUAAAAAUGUAUAGAAUACAGUAACACAAUAAAUGCAGACUGUAUGCUAAAGACUUGUAUGGUGGGGAGGAUAGGACAGAGAGAGGACAGGACAGAGAGAAGCAAACAAGCUGUGGCGUCCUCACUCUGCCCUUGUCUCCUUAUGUUUCAGUUAAAUGUUACUAUUGGCUUUAAAUAAUCAUUUGAAUCAUUUUUCCAAAGGGCAUCUUCUCACAAAACAUGUGACCUCUUAUUGCAGUUUUUAAUAUGAAGGAUUUUUAUCAAUUUAAGAAAACUUUUAAAAAGGUAAAAAUACUUAAGAGAACCUCAUUUUAAAUUAAGAAUAGAUCAAAAAGUAACUGUGUCCUUUGCUAUUCGCUCCUGUUAUAGCGUUGUAUAGAUCGAAGCUCUCUCACUGAUCCUCUCUCAGUCCUCUGUGUAUAUCGAUCGUUGGCCAUCUCUGUACUUCUAUUGUGAUGUAUAAUACUGUACCAUUAGGAAGAUUUGCUGGUCGGGUGGGGUGGUUAUGUUGAGUCGGGGAGGGGCGGGGUAAAGGGAAGGGGAUAUAAAUGAUUCUCCUGUACCAUUCAUGGUCCUUUCUGAUGACACGGCAGUAUUCAAUAUGAAGCAGUCUGUCUCUUGGGUUUGCUUUGUAUUUUCAUGGUAGGAUAGUUCAGAAUCUUGUCUUAGGGACUUAGGUGUCUUGUGUAGGUAAUAAAGAUGUUCUUUGUAUGUUUCUUUAUAUUGUAAAGUUUCUUUAGACUGAAAGAAAACAGAUAAUUUGCUUAUCAAAAAAGAAACAAUGCAUCAAUAAUAAAUGUCAUUUGAUUUUU